AUGGAUGAAGUUGGAAACCAUCAUUCUGAGCAAACUAGCACAAGGACAGAAAACCAAACACCGCAUGCUCUCGCUCAUAGGAGGAUGGGGCCCUGUCUGUCUUGUUCUCAGCUGUAUUCCCAGUACCUAGGACUGUCCCAGACACACAGCAGCCCUCCCUUGGCCCGGGACCCUCCAAGGAGACAGCGGCAGGAGCGCACGGUCUACAAUGAAAGCCAGCAGAAAGUGCUAGAAUGUUACUUUCAGAAGGAGCAGUACCCGAACUACGACCAGCGAGUGAAUCUGGCGGAGAUACUCAGCCUCAGGGAGCAACAGCUUCAGGUGUGGUUCAAGAAUCGCCGCGCCAAACUAGCUCGGGAGCGGCGGCUCCAGCAGCAGCCCCAGCGCGUCCCUGGGCAGAGAGGCCGAGGAGCCCGCGCUGCGCCCCUAGUCCCUGUAGCCUCUGCCUCUGCACCUCAGCCGGGCCCCUCGGGAAUCCUUCCAGCGGCGGAACCCACGAUCUACAGCCUCGACCAGGCCUGGGGUGGCCCUGGGUGCAGAGCCCAGAAGGGCAUCCCAGCUGCCCUGAGUCCAGGCCCUGGCCCGAUCCCUGCCCCAAUCCCAGGCCCAGCCCACAUCCCAGGCCCACUCCCUGGCCCAAUCCCAGGCCCAAUUUCAGGCCCAGCUCAGAUCCCAAGCCCGAUCCCAGCCCCAAUCCCAGGCCCAAUUUCAGGCCCAGUCCAGAUCCCAGGCCCAAUCUCAGGCCCAGUCCAGAUCCCAGGCCCAAUCUCAGACCCAAACCCAGGCCUGAUCCCAGGCCCAGCCCAGAUCCCAGGCCCAAUCCCAGGCCCAAUCUCAGGCCCAGGCCCAAUCAUAGGCCCGAUUCCUGGCCCAGCCCAGAUCCCAGGCCCAGGCAGACUCCGAAGCCCAGGUCCCAUCUUAAGUCCUGCCUGGAUGCGAAGCCCUGGCUCACUUCCAGGCCUAGCCCCGAUUUUAGGCCCAGGCCCAGGCUCAGGUUCAGUCCCAGCCCCAAUCCCAAGCCCAGGAUCACUCCCAGCCCCAGCCCCCUUAUGGCCUCAGAGCCCCAAUGCCUCCGACUUCUUGCCAGACACCCAGUUAUUCCCUCACUUCACAGAGCUGCACCCACCCCUAGACCCCUUGGAGGGAUCCUCAGUCUCCACCAUGACCUCUCAGUACCAAGAAGGGGAUGACUCUAUGGGCAAAAAAGACUCAGGGUCUCAGCACCAAGAGGAGGGUGGCUUUGUGAAUGAAAAUCACUCAGGCCCCAGGUCAUUACUGGAUUUAUAG